GUGAUUUCCGGCAGCGCAAGGAGAUCUCGCGAGUCAGGUGAAGCGGAAGUGAAGUGACGACAGAGUCCCGCGGCGGCUCACCUGUCCGCAGGUGAACGAGAGAAGAAGAAGAGAAGAGAGGAAGACAGGAAGAAGAGAAGAUGAGUAACCCCAUCCCGUCCAAUCUGAAGUCAGAGGCCAAGAAAGCUGCCAAGAUCCUGACGGACUUCACAGAGAUCUCCAGCAGGAACGGACCCGACAAGCUCAUCCCCCCUCAUGUGAUAGCGAAGGCCGAGGGUCUGGCCAUCAUCUCCGUCAUCAAGGCCGGCUUCAUGAUCACCGCCAGAGGAGGAAGUGGCAUCGUCAUCGCCAGACUGGCCGACAGACGUUGGUCGGCGCCUUCGGCCAUCGGCAUCGCCGGUCUGGGAGGAGGCUUCGAGAUCGGAGUGGAGGUGUCGGACCUGGUGAUCAUCCUGAACCAGCGCCGGGCCAUUGAGGCGUUCACAAAAGGCGGGAACCUGACGCUGGGCGGGAACUGCACGGUGGCCGUGGGGCCAAUGGGCAGGAACGUGGAGGCUGAUGUGCUGCUGCGUAGCACUGCAGCUGUGUUCACCUACUGCAGGUCCAGAGGUCUGUUUGCUGGGAUCUCUCUGGAGGGUUCCUACCUGAUAGAACGCAAAGACACCAACCGCAAGUUUUACGGCCAGGAUAUCCGUGCGUCGGCCAUUUUGAACGGCGAUGUGGAGCCUCCCGCGGUUUGCUCCUCCCUCUAUCACAUCCUGGAUGCCUACGCCGAGGCCUACACCACCGACUGGACCAGCAAGAACAUGCGAUCCACGUCAUCUUUCACUCCAUCGAGACCUCAAGCUCCGCCUAAACAGAAACCUCCAACCAACUACCAACCAGCAGCGAACAACUACCAACCAGCAGCCGGCUACCAGCAACCAGCACCCGGCUACCAGCCACCAGCACCCGGCUACCAGCAACCAGCAGCCGGCUCAGGUCCAUGGUCAGGAACAGGAAAUAAGAAUGUCCUCUACCCGAGCAUCUCCGUCUACAAGUUGAACACCUCAGGUGAGUGUGCACAUCAACUUCUUCUCUAUCCACUUCUUCCUCUUUUCCUUUCUUUCACUCUCCUCCAUUCCUCUCUUAUGCAUCCGUCACUGCUUUCUUUCCUCCUUUGUCUCCUUCAAGAAUUUCCUCUCUUCCUCUUCUCCCUCCUUCAUUCCUUCAUCCUCUUUUCCUCUCAACUUCAUUCUUUCCUGGGAUCAGUUUUGAUGCUGCAGCUCCCUCUAGUGGUCACAGCAGCCACAUGUUUCUCCUCCUUGUUUUCAAAUGACUUAAUAAAGAUAAAGACUUAAAGUUUUCUUCUGUGUGAUAACGACACAAAAUCAUUUUUCACUUCAUUCACUUGUUUCUGAUCAUCUUGGCUCCACAAACUCUCAGAUUCAUAUAAAAUACACAAUUUUUAUGAUAUCAUUUUUCUUAAUUUAGCAUAUUCUAAUAUUGAACGGGUCAUUUUUAUUUACUCAAUUAAUUUAUAAUGAUGCAUUAUAUGUAUUUAAUAUAUUUAUAUAUGAUUCUGAUUGAAACGCACGAAAGUAAUAUUGAGUAUAUGAAUAAUAAUAAUAAAAUUGGAAAUUAAAUACAUGUUUUCAAAAUACUCAAUUGAGAAAGUAAUGACAGAUUAAUUACAAAAGAUAAAAUAAUCAAAAAAGUUAUCAAAUAAAUUAUAAAUUAAUCUAUAUAUAAAUAUUUUCUCAAAUGCCCCACCAUUUAUUUAAA